UUACGCUUCACCCUUAUAAAUACGAUCGCAUCCUCAUAUUUUCUCUACCAGUUGCUUUGCCUCGGCCGCUCAGCUCCGUAGAUUUCCGACCUCUUGCUGAAGUUUAAUCUUGACAACUAGCCAUGGGUAAGGAAAAGGUUCACAUCAACAUUGUGGUUAUUGGACAUGUCGACUCUGGAAAGUCGACAACCACUGGUCACUUGAUCUACAAGUUGGGAGGUAUUGACAAGCGUGUGAUUGAGAGGUUUGAGAAGGAAGCUGCUGAGAUGAACAAGAGGUCCUUCAAGUACGCCUGGGUGUUGGACAAGCUCAAGGCUGAGCGUGAGCGUGGUAUCACCAUUGACAUCGCCUUGUGGAAGUUCGAGACCACCAAAUACUACUGUACUGUCAUCGAUGCUCCUGGACACCGUGACUUUAUCAAGAACAUGAUCACUGGUACCUCCCAGGCUGACUGUGCUGUCCUCAUCAUUGACUCCACCACCGGUGGUUUUGAGGCCGGUAUCUCCAAGGACGGUCAGACCCGUGAGCAUGCCUUGCUUGCUUUCACCCUCGGUGUCAAGCAGAUGAUCUGCUGCUGCAACAAGAUGGAUGCCACCACUCCCAAGUACUCCAAGGCUAGGUACGAUGAAAUCGUGAAGGAAGUCUCUUCCUACCUGAAGAAGGUUGGUUACAACCCGGACAAGAUCCCCUUCGUCCCCAUCUCUGGUUUUGAGGGUGACAACAUGAUUGAGAGGUCCACCAACCUCGACUGGUACAAGGGUCCGACCCUUCUCGAGGCUCUUGACCAGAUCAACGAGCCCAAGAGGCCUUCCGACAAGCCCCUACGUCUCCCUCUCCAGGAUGUCUACAAGAUCGGUGGUAUCGGAACUGUCCCUGUGGGUCGUGUCGAGACUGGUGUACUCAAGCCCGGUAUGUUAGUGACCUUUGCUCCCUCUGGACUGACCACUGAGGUCAAGUCUGUCGAGAUGCACCACGAGGCUCUCCAGGAAGCUCUCCCUGGUGACAAUGUAGGGUUCAACGUCAAGAACGUUGCAGUGAAGGAUCUCAAGCGUGGAUACGUCGCAUCAAACUCAAAGGAUGAUCCGGCCAAGGAAGCAGCCAGCUUCACCUCACAGGUCAUCAUCAUGAACCACCCCGGUCAGAUCGGUAACGGAUAUGCCCCAGUCCUCGACUGCCACACCUCCCACAUCGCCGUCAAAUUUGCAGAGAUAUUGACAAAGAUCGACAGGCGUUCUGGUAAGGAGCUGGAGAAGGAGCCCAAGUUCUUGAAGAACGGAGAUGCAGGAAUGGUUAAGAUGGUUCCGACCAAGCCCAUGGUGGUGGAGACCUUCUCCGAGUACCCACCACUCGGACGGUUUGCCGUCCGUGACAUGAGGCAGACCGUUGCCGUCGGUGUCAUCAAGAACGUCGAGAAGAAGGACCCGACGGGUGCCAAGGUCACAAAGGCCGCAGCCAAGAAGGGUGCCAAGUAAAGGUUGACGAGUGAAACCACAACCAUAUCCGCAAAAGAAGGAAGUGUUGGGAGGAGUAUUUUUUGUUAUGCGAAAGACUUGUUAUUUACCAUCGGUUUUAUUAUUAGUCGCAGUUCUAAUUAUAUGUUGUAUAGCUUCGUCUUUCCGUCAGGACACAGUUCUCGGAACUGGGUUCUUGAUCGUCGAUGGCGUAAGCUUUACGCAGUACCACAGCAAGUGAGUCUGAAACUUUUUUGUGUUAUUGUUUUUUUAUAAUAUAUUCCUGCGGUUUUUAAUUCA